AUCGCCUGUAACGCCGCUCGCCAGGGGCGCCGCUCUUUCUCUUUUCUCUCUUUUUCUCUGUUCGUCUGUUUCUCGCUGAUGUGGUCGCGCUGAGGCCGAUGCGGGCGCCGCCAUGCCGCGCUGCCUCAUGGCCAAGAAGUGGAAGGCGGCUCAGGCAACCGAGCUGGCCGACGAGUCCGAUGAGGAGAUCGACGUGGUCGGCGAGGGGCGCGGCCGGAGCCCCGCGCCCGCCGCCACUGCGCCGGGGCCCUCACCUCGCGACCCCGAGCCAACUCUCCUCUACAAUGGUUAUACCGAGGAACAGCCUUCCACGCAAUUCACCGCACAACUGCCGAACGAGGUGAGCCCGGCUCCAUCCGGCCCCUCUCAGCCGGCGCCUCAGCCUCUGUCCUACGCACUUCUGCACCUCUCCGCCUCUGACUCGACAGAACAGCCUUUUCUCCAAGUACAGCUCCAAUCUUCGCCUGUCUCCCCUCCUCCGCCACCGGCGAGCGGCAAAUCCAACUCCAUGUGCUACUCUAGCACGGGCACUCUUCUGUCUCUACCGCCAAAGAAGAAAGACAUCUAUCGCCCCUACUGCCUUGGCGACCGCGCGUACCUCCAUCGGGCCGAAGAGGAUCUCAAUGCGGCCCACGCAAUUCUGGACUUAAGUCAACAUGCAGUUUUCCUGACAACACCGCCGCGCACUGACCCUGCACCCCCGGAACCACCGCCACCUCCACCCGAACCUCCUCAAGAGCAGACAACAGAGCGUCCAAGAGAAACUGUCGCAUAUACUUACGAUGCCUUUUUUGUUAGCGAUGGUCGUUCUAAGCGAAAAAAUUAUGCAAACGCCCCUGUAGAAAGCGCCCAGCAACCUGAACCAAAAUCGAAGUAUACGUGUAGCGAGUGUGGUAAACGAUAUGCUACCUCUUCAAACCUUUCACGGCACAAACAAACUCACCGUAGCCUUGAUUCCGUCGCCGCCAAGCGUUGUGGAGAAUGCGGUAAGGCUUACGUAUCGAUGCCGGCGCUUGCCAUGCAUGUGCUCACGCACCAGCUCUCCCACGUUUGUGGCGUUUGCGGUAAGUUGUUCUCUCGGCCUUGGUUGCUACAAGGUCACCUCCGCUCUCACACCGGUGAAAAACCAUAUGGAUGCGCACACUGCGGAAAGGCAUUCGCUGAUCGUUCUAACUUGCGCGCGCACAUGCAGACGCACUCCGCUGAUAAAAACUUUGAGUGCCUACGUUGUCAUAAGACUUUCGCCCUAAAGAGCUACCUCAAUAAACACCAAGAAUCGGCGUGUGUGCGCGACGACGAUUCACCAUCACCACCAGAAACCCCUGCCUCCGCAUCCGGUUAAAAGCGCAACAGAACCGAAAGCAACCAGGGACCGUAAUCACUGUUGUAAGAUUUACAUAUAAACGUAAAGUAUUAUUAUGAAUUUAGUUUACUAGCAUAAUUAAUAUAAAUAUACAAAUUCUAAAAUAGGUAGACGCGCACGACUUUUAGUGGAUCUCUGCUGAUCAUGUCGUGCCGCAAUCGAGCAACGUUUCGCAAACAACGAAUCACGUACGACCCCGUAGCGCCGCAGACGCGGUAAUAGGCCGUAGCGAUAAACGUCCUAAUAACGUUAAACAUUGAAUUAUGUAUAUACAUGUCGAUAAAAUAUACCCUUAUAUACAUAGAAGUAAUGAAAUACGAAUGAAACUAAUAUCUU